AGCCCGGGAGGACGCGGCGGGGGAGGUGCGCGCGGCGUGCCCGGGCCGCGGCCGUGCGCUCCGGCGCCACUUUCCCCGCGCCCGCCUGGGGGGUGGGGAUCGUCGCGGCCCGGGCGGGGGGGGGGGAGGCAGGGCCGGGCCCAGGCCCGGACUCGGCGCGGGCUCCCCGGCGGCCUCCUCCGGACUCGGGGCCCCGGAGCUGACUUGGCGCCCCUGCGAGCUGCUGGAUUGCUCUUGCAGCCAGGCCGGGAGGAGACCCGGUUCCCGUGUGGAGAUCCACCGGAGGAGCGCCUAAUCCCGGCGAGGUGCUGAUCGGUUAGGCCCAGAGAUGGGAUGCCCAGCCUCCUCAGGGAGCACCGCACGCGCACGGGCCUCGCCGAGCCACUGCCGUGAGGGCAAGUGAGCGAGCUGCCGGAGGAUGUCCACCACCGCGGCGGUGGCCCCUGCGGGGAUCCCGGCCGCGCCAGGCCCCGUGAACCCGCCCCCACCCGAGGUCUCCAACCCCAGCAAGCCGGGCCGCAAGACCAACCAGCUGCAGUACAUGCAGAACGUGGUGGUGAAGACACUCUGGAAGCACCAGUUCGCCUGGCCCUUCUACCAGCCCGUGGACGCCAUCAAGCUGAACCUGCCUGAUUAUCAUAAAAUAAUCAAAAACCCUAUGGACAUGGGGACGAUAAAGAAGAGACUAGAGAAUAACUAUUACUGGAGUGCAAGCGAAUGUAUGCAGGACUUCAACACCAUGUUUACAAACUGUUACAUUUAUAACAAGCCCACAGAUGACAUAGUGCUAAUGGCCCAGGCCUUAGAGAAAAUCUUUCUGCAGAAAGUGGCCCAGAUGCCCCAGGAAGAAGUGGAAUUGUUACCCCCUGCUCCAAAAGGCAAGGGCCGGAAGCCGGCCGCAGGAGCCCAGAGUACAGGUACGCAGCAGGUGGCGGCCGUGUCCUCGGUCUCUCCGGCGACCCCCUUCCAGAACAUGCCCCCCGCCGUCUCCCAGACGCCCGUCAUUGCUGCCACCCCCGUACCAACCAUCACCGCGAACGUCGCCCCCGUCCCUGUCGCCCCGGCUGCCGCACCUCCUCCCGCCACGCCCAUCGUCCCCGUGGUCCCUCCCACGCCGCCCGUGGUCAAGAAAAAGGGCGUGAAGCGGAAAGCUGACACCACCACGCCCACCACGCCCGCCAUCACGGCCAGCCGGAGCGAGUCCCCCCCCACGCCCACCGAGCCCAAGCAGGCCAAGGUGGUAGCCCGGCGGGAGAGCGGGGGCCGCCCCAUCAAGCCCCCCAAGAAGGACCUGGAGGACGGGGAGGUGCCGCAGCACGCGGGCAAGAAGGGCAAGCUGUCGGAGCACCUGCGGCACUGCGACAGCAUCCUCAGGGAGAUGCUGUCCAAGAAGCACGCGGCCUACGCCUGGCCCUUCUACAAGCCGGUGGACGCCGAGGCGCUGGAGCUGCACGACUACCACGACAUCAUCAAACACCCCAUGGACCUCAGCACCGUCAAAAGGAAGAUGGACGGCCGCGAGUACCCAGAUGCGCAGGGCUUUGCCGCUGACAUCCGGUUAAUGUUCUCCAAUUGUUAUAAGUACAACCCUCCAGACCACGAGGUGGUGGCCAUGGCCAGGAAGCUCCAGGAUGUGUUUGAGAUGAGGUUUGCCAAGAUGCCCGACGAGCCGGUGGAGACCCCUGCCCUGCCCGUGCCCACGGCCCCCAUGGUGAGCAAGGGCACGGAGAGCAGCCGCAGCAGCGAGGAGAGCUCUUCCGACUCGGGCAGCUCGGACUCCGAGGAGGAGCGGGCCACGCGGCUGGCGGAGCUGCAGGAGCAGCUGAAGGCCGUGCACGAGCAGCUGGCCGCCCUGUCUCAGGCCCCCGUGAACAAACCAAAGAAGAAGAAGGAGAAGAAGGAGAAGGAGAAGAAGAAGAAAGACAAAGACAAGGAGAAGGAGAAGCACAGGGCCAAGUCCGAGGAGGAGAAGAAGGCCAAGGCUGCCCCGCCUGCCAAGCAGGCCCCGCAGAAGAAGGCUCCCGUCAAGAAGGCCAACAGCACCGUCACCGCCAGCAGACAGCUGAAGAAAGGUGGCAAGCAGGCGUCUGCGUCCUAUGAUUCGGAGGAGGAGGAGGAGGGCCUGCCCAUGAGCUACGAUGAGAAGCGCCAGCUCAGCCUGGACAUCAACCGGCUGCCGGGGGAGAAGCUGGGCCGCGUGGUACACAUCAUCCAGUCCCGGGAGCCCUCGCUCAGGGACUCCAACCCCGACGAGAUCGAGAUCGACUUCGAAACCCUGAAGCCCACCACGCUGCGGGAGUUGGAGAGAUACGUCAAGUCUUGUUUACAGAAAAAGCAGAGGAAACCAUUCUCCACAAGCGGGAAGAAGCAGGCAGCCAAAUCCAAGGAGGAGUUAGCUCAGGAAAAGAAGAAGGAGCUGGAGAAGCGGCUGCAGGACGUCAGCGGGCAGCUCAACAGCAAGAAGCCUGCCAAGAAAGAGAAGUCCAGCGCGGCGCCUUCCGGGGGCCCGUCGAGGCUGAGCAGCAGCAGCUCGUCGGAGUCGGCCAGCAGCAGCUCCAGCGGGUCCAGCUCGGACAGCAGCGACUCGGAGUGAAGGCGGCGGCCUGGGCCUGGCGCGGCCUCUCCUGCGGUUAAUACACUACUCUUGUUCCAUGGUGUGCAGGUUUCCUUUCGCUCAGUGUCAGUGUUAGAUCUCUUCCAGCUGUGCUCCAGUGGGCGGAGAGCUUCCCGCACGUGCGUGCGUGCGUGCGUCAGACCUGAGAAGGGGCGCCCCGCGGGGAGUCGCUCCGAGACAGUAGCCCCGACGCCCGGGACCUUGCGGAACCCCUCUUCUCCGCCCGGGUCUGUCACUUGGAAAUUUCUCGAGGGUAUCUCUGAAGGAGGGGCUGGGUUUGAAUGCUAACCAGGAGGCGCCAUCUUUGCCAUGUGUCCUUUGUGCCUGACACGGCCACCUCCCUGGGGGGGGGGGGGGGCUGAGGACGGAGGCUGGGCACCUGAGCCCCCCUCGGCCCUCCCGGCAGAGGGUCCUCGGGGCUCCGGACCGCCGUGCCGCGCCGGGGGGUGGGCGCCGAGGGGGGGGAGGGAGGGAGGGAGGGGGAGGGAGGGCGGAAGGGUGCUGAGUUUCUGCAGUCCUCCCGAGAAGGGACCGGGCAGAUGUGUGCACAGCCUGCAGAUUUCCAAACACUGAAACUUUUACCUCAACUUAAAAAAAAAAAGAAAAAAAAAAGA